CGAAGCGCCAGUGUCGCGCUAUGGAGCCGCGGAGAUACAGCCCGGGGUGUGGGGAAAGCGCUGCUAUAACGUAAGCCGGUAGGAAAGUAUGAAGCUCAGCAUCUCUCUCCAUUUCCUUGCAAUUGUGUAUAAUCUAGUUUUGUGCGCCGAACUGAAGUAAUUUACUAUAAAAUCUGGCUAAAUUAUUUUGUUUGUUGUUUACGAUGUAUAACUGAUGUCAUGCUUUAGUGUUGAAGAUGUUUUUUUUUUAUUCUGCAUUAUCUGUAAAUAAUUUAAAAUACCAUUCUUGAUCUCACUUUACUUUCGACAAAAGCGUUUAAAACAGGUAUUCUCAUUUAAGGUAACAGGCAUAAAUUAGGUCUAAUUCAUAACCCGUAGGCCUAUAAGUCGGAAAUCAAUUAAUGUAAACAAAUGUUUAAUAUAAAUAAAAUAAUCGAACGACGAUUAGAUUAUUUUCAGAUGGUGCAUAAUUUCUGGUAACUAUAAAGGACUACAUAGGAAAUGCAUUUUUCACAUCUAGGCGUCAAAAUUUAAAAGAUGGCUAAUAGGCACUCUGAAUUACCGUUAAGUUUUAUAGAAAAUCAUUUGUUUGCUUUCACCUCCUUUCUUCUCCGCUGUAAGCGUGGUGAAGCCUUUCUAAAAAUCGACGUACAGAUGGCUGUUCAGUUAUGCAUGCAGUUAAAUCAGCCUUUAUGGAAGCGGCCGUGACGCACUAUAAUCUGCUUUUGGCUCGUCGCGGCUAGGAUCUCCUAGUGGAGAGUUUAUUAAACCUUAGAUAAUUAAACGAAAGAGGAAAAAAAACAUGAAAACUGAGCUACUAUAAAAGUCUCUCUGUAAUCUGGCGAUACAGAAUUAAGAAAUAAGAUGGAGAACCUCCGGGGCACGGAGACAUUAUGUUGUCCUAUUGGGAAGGAAACACUACAGGUUGAGAUCUCCAGUGUGGUGCCUUUGAGGGGAGAAAAUUGCAGCUUUACUAUGGUGUCUGGCUGUCUAUAGCUCCCAGCUGUCCUUGUUGAAAGAAUAGUAAUAAGCACCUAGGCAGAAUGAACAGUUUACAGAAGUCGGGCAGGAAGUUAUUGUAGUGUUGCCAAGCAUAUUCUAAUCAAGGUGUCCUAAUAGGUGCUUUAGAGAUGAGCCUGUCAGUCACCUCUCGGAUGUGUGUCCCCACGGCAACCUGGAGGUGAAGGGCUGACGUCACCUUGGGGGUGGCAUGUCUCAGGACGAGCUGAUAGAGCUGCAGGCCCUGAUGCCAGAGGGGUACAUCGAACUGGUGGUCCCACGCCCCUUGGCAAGGCGACAGCACUACUCAGAGAGGGUGCGGGCCGUACGGCUCGUGGAUGGUGGCCUGUGUUGGGAGGGGCCAGGGGAGGGCCACGCCUUUGACCCCUGCAGCCUUGCCCAGCCCACCUGGUGUGACCUGUGUGGGGAAUUCAUCUGGGGGUUGUACAAACAGAGCCUACGCUGCACACUCUGCAGAUUCACUUGCCACUACCGCUGCAGAGCCUUCAUCAAGUUAGACUGCUGCUGGAAAGGCGGGGCCCUUGCCAACCAAUCAGAUUUAGCGGAGGACUCAGUGGAAAUGGACACGAAUGUGGAUGAGCCGACGGAAUGGAGGGUAAGCGAGCUGUCCUUCACUGAGCUCCAGCAGAAGGUGCGGGAGUUCAACGCUCAGGUCAACAGAGAUCUCUACAUAGUCCUGAAUAAAGACGGCUCCUUUACUGGUGUCAUCAAAGUCUGGAUCAGACCGAAGUACUCCGUGACUGUGCCAAGCGAGGGUAGUGGAGCCCGCAGCUCCUAUCACCUGCCCCAGCUGGACACGGCCACGCCCCUGCACAUCAGCUCGUCCACUCGUGCCCAUGACAUUGUCCACGCGUUGCUUAGUGCAUUUGGUGUGAGAGAGAACCCUGGCGAGUUUGCCCUAUUCGAACACAGAGAGCAGAGUGACCAAGUGUACCAGAGGAAGUUGGAGGGUUCAGAGCGCCCCCUGCUGCUGCGGAUAUGUGCUGGCCCUAGUGAAAAGUCCCUCAGCCUGGUGCUGAAGGAAAACAGGACUGGUGAGAUCAAUUGGGAAGCUUUCACUGAGCCAGAGCUACGCAAUUUCCUACAUAUUCUGCAGUGUGAAGAAGAGGAACACAUCAGGCAUAUAGUGGAACGUUAUGUCUGUGCACGGGACCACCUGCAGGAGGCGCUGGCGAGCAUCACACAGCCUGAUAUGACUCAUGUGUCUGAACAGCGCCAUCAGGGGGCACCCAGAAUCCAAAAAUCAUACAAAUUGCCAUAUGUACAUAGUGAAUUUCAGGGAAUGAAUAACCUAACGACCAUGAACUGGUGAAGUGCAGGCCGGCUACAUUGGUAGCUGGAACUUCUCUGCUAUAGAAGAAAGUGAAAUAUAAAUUCUUCAACCACAGAUAAGUUAUAUCUAUAUUACACUGAAGUUAAUACAUCUGCUUCUGUUACUUGAAACAGAAUCUGUAUAUUUUUAACUUUUUUAUUUCAUUCAGAAUGAUUAUCUGAUGUCUAGGAGACCUUAAAAAGUUCUGUUGAGACAUAAUGUGUGCAAAAUAUGAUGUAUUCUAUACAUUACUACACUUUAGAGAUAGGAGUACUUGUAUGAGGAGUAUUGUGAGACAUAUUAGCAUUGGUAUGUAUUUUCCGUAUCCAUCAGUAUCCCAGACCAAUGUCAGUUCUGUCUUUAUCCAAAUUAUGAUUUUAUUACAAAUUAACAUACUGCUUCGGCUCCAGGUUGUGGUUCUGUUCAAUUUUUUGCUCCAACAUACUCUCACAGGAGUGAAAGUAUGGUAAAAACAAAGGGCCUCAAACAUAUUGCCACCCCUCCACAAAGUCCUGAAAGAGAUAUGUUGAUAUUACAUAAGCCUGCAAGGUUAGGAUAACAUAUUUCUAGUGUUCAUAUGAGGAAGAGGAAUUAAUUAUCAGGUGUGUGUGUGUAGGUUAUGUACUGCAUAUACUACAUUUUUUUGGGGGGGGGGGGGGCAAAUGUCCCCACAAUGUGAUACAAUAAAAUUUCAGUCCCCACAAGGGGAAGAUUUUAUAAAAAUCUGUAACUGCAGUGAAAAAAAUAAAUUCCAAAAGUCUUGUAUUUUC